AUGUUAAGUGCUGGGCCAAUAUCUCUGCUAGUUUUACACGAUAUGUACAAUAGCUGGUUAAGACACGACGUAGUCAAUGUUAUAAGGCACACCACCAUUGUUGGUCCAUUUCUUGGAGGAUUCUUUAAGAUAAUAAUAAUGUUCUACAAGAAAACGCCAGCCAAAGAGAUAAUAGACGAGAUCAACAGAGACUACGCAUCCUUCAACCACAUGGGUUCAACAUACAAAAACAUUAUCAAUCAAAGCAUAGCAAACAGCUUGAAGUAUAGCGAAAAGAUGUGGGCAGUGGUGGUUAUUACUUGCGUAUCAGCAUUCCCAAUAAUGGCUGCAUUUUCAACUAUGUAUAGCUAUUUAUUCGAAUCAGAACCUCAGAGAUACAUGGUUCACGAUGUGAUGAUACCAUACACUCAUCCUGACAAGAGAUACGAAUCACCUAUUUUCGAAAUAAUCUUCGUAUAUAUGUUGUACGCCUGUGUAUUAUAUAUUAUUAACUUUAUCAGUUAUGAUGGUUUGUUCGGUUUGAGCAUAAACCACGCAUGUCUCAAAAUGGAGAUUUACUGCAAUGCGUUUGAAGAAGCUUUAAAAGAGGAUAACGAAAGGAAAAUGUAUUCGCAAAUUGUUGAAGUAAUAAAUGCACAAAAUAAAUUGCAACGAUUUGUCGAUCUCAUACAAGACACAUUCAACAUUUGGCUUGGCUUGAUACUUGUAGCCACCAUGAUUCAAAUAGGGACGUGUAUGUACUUGAUUUCUGAGGGAUACGGUUUGGAUCCACGAUAUAUUAUCUUCAUGGUAGGCAUUGUGACACAUAUCUACGUGCCAUGUCGUUAUAGCGCCAAAUUGAAACAUAUGGUUGUUAAGUUUAGAAAUACUACCUUCGUGUCUUCUCCUUUCUACGUGAUAUUGGCGAAGCAAUCUCUGCUCAACUGGCACGCUUUGAAGCCGUUAACAAGAGAAUUGAAUUGGAGUUUAGGAAUAUGCCUUAUGGAAAUGUCAAUAUAUACAAGUGAGGAGUCAAAG